CUCGGCAGCAAGCCACAACGUGCUAAGCCAAGGCCAGGACGGAGUCUGACGGCACAUCGCCCGCGCGUGUCAAACAGGCCCCGCUAGCCUCGCCGCUGCUAUGGACAGCGCCGGCCUCUCGCGCUGGCCAGAGGUGCUCAUGCUGGCGCAGGUCGUGCUGCUCUACCUCCUCACAACACAGCUCGCCAAGAUCCAGUCGCAGCUCAAGCUCGUCCUCACCUCGGCCGCCGUCGCCUCCGUCCCCGCCGCCGCCGGCGGCGAAGUGCAGCCGCAGCAGUCGCCGCGGCCGAGCGCCUCCUCCGUCGGCGUCAAGUUGGCACGCAAGCCGACGCUCGACAAUCUGCUGCCAGACGUGCCAAAGAAGGGCUUUGCACCGGCGUGCGAGUGGGCGCUCCUCUCGCCUCCCGAGCUCGAGGUAGCCCAAAAGGUCCGCGCUUGGCUUGGCGAGGCGCGGUUCGCCACUACGCCGCGAGACCUCCUCGUCACAUUCAUCCGCGGGUACGCGUACCGCGCCGACUGGGCAGAGUGCGCCUUUGUCUUUCUGGAGCGCGCGCUCGGCUGGCGGGAGGAGGUGGGGGUGGGGCGGCUGGUGCGCGACCCGCCUCUGGACCGCGCGCUCUUCGAGGAGGUUUGCCCCUCAGGACCCGUCGGCUUUGACCGCGACGGCCACGUCGUGCUCUGCGAGCGGAUCGGCCAGACGGACGAGAGCUACAUCCAGCACCAGGCGUACACGCGCGAGGUUGCGCGGCUGUACAACGCCGCCAACUCAAAGGCGAAGGGGAGGCGGCUGUACAAGGUCGUGUACGUGCUCGACCUGCGCGGCAUGGGCGUGGCGCACCUGAACAAGCGCCUCCUCUCCCUCAUCAAGGAGGUGAACGAGCUGUUUGGCUGGUACUACCCCGAGACGGUCUACCAGUUCUACAUCAUCAACGCGCCCCUCGUCUUCCGCACCGCUUGGUCGAUCAUCAAGCCGUGGAUCCACCCGAUCACCGCCGCCAAGUUCGCCGUCCUCGGUGGCGACUGGCGCAAGCGGCUCGACCAGGCCGGCAUCUCCCUCACGGGGGGCGACUUGCCGCGGCGGCUCCCCUCCUGGAUGGCGGAGGCGGAGCGGCUGCUCGAGCGCGAGACCCUCGAGACGCUCUCGCUGGGCUACAUGCCGCACGACGACCUCGCGAGCCUCGGCAUCCAGGCGCCGGGCUGAGAGGUUGGAGGGCCGCAGUGGCAGAGUGCAGGGCCGGACGCUGGUGAUGGAGGUGUCGUGCAGCGCUGUGCUAGGCAGGGGGGGUUCGCUCGCGGUGUUUCGAGCGUUAUUUCAACACACGAGACCGAGCGCUGUCGUUUGGCGGCUGGGAAGGUAAUUAGCUGGAC